AUGGAAGCAAAGGUUAAAGAAGAAGUCCUGGACAACGAUUACAGUCAGCCGACGUCCACAGAGAGACGGAAAACUACCGCCAGCGGUAAGGAAAGGCGGUCACCGGAACAGGAGGAGAGCAGAGUGUCUCCAACUCCUGGACCACCCAGCCCACAGAACAACGGUACAGCUGCCAACCUAUCUUCGACGGAGUCCCUAUCUCCUCCACUGCCAGAUGGCUCGAAGACUGCUCCAGCGCUUCAGCGCCUCCGCCGGUUCCUCUCAGCAUUGCAACAGUUUGCUCCCGAGGGAAGUGCUGACACUGGAGAGAGAGUUCGACAACUUAUCUUCAACUUGGUGGCUGGCACUAUGAGCAUCGAAGAGUUCCAAGCUGGAGUACAAGAGUGUACAAAUUAUCCUCUCCGAGCUUCUGUGCCCGGAUUUCUUCGUGCUUUGCUGCCUCUUGCACAAAGGGACUUGCAUGCUCGUGCUAGGAGAGCCAAGCAGACACCGCUCCAGUACAUCAGAAGUCACGAACAUCUGGUCCUAGAGUCGGGCGGAGAUGGAAAUGAAAUCUUCGCGCAGCAUCACCCUAUGGAGCCAAUGAAGAGACGCGCCAGUGAUCCGUUCUACGAUGCAUCACAAUCCAACGGCUCUCACGAAGACUGCCCCCCACAAGCGAAACGAACGCCAUCAAGUUUACUCCUCAACCCCUCCCCAUUCCUCUGCCCGCUGCCCAGUAACGCGAGUCUCUUCGAUUACGGGCAUCCAUACCCAGCCUAUCACAGUGGACAAGGCGAGCCUGGACUCGAAAGGAGAGAUGGUGGGAUUUCGAUUCGUGACGUGUCAUCAAUGAACGCGUCGCUCUCAGAGCCGCGAGGAGUUGGACCCCUGAAGAGUGACGAUGAGUGGCGCAACAUCAACACAAUGCUUAACUGUAUCCUUAGCAUGGUGGAGAAGACGAAGCGGGCACUCGCCAUAUUGCAGCAGAGGGGUGUUGAAACAACAGAAAGUAAUGAGAUCAAAAGAGCCGCAAAUGAGAUAAUGGCAUCGGCCGUCAGACAGACGGAAGAGAGAGUCGCUGAAGUCAGGAGACGGGCAGAGGAUGCAGUCAACCAGGUGAAGCGGCAGGCGCUGGCGGAGCUGCAGCGCGCGCUGGGCGCGGCGGAGGGCCGCCUGGAGCUGGCGCCGCGCGCCGAGCGCCGCCACUCGCCGCCGCGCAGCCCCCCCGCGCCGCAGAACUGUUGCUGGAAUUGCGGUCGCAAGGCUCAGGAGACGUGCUCGGGAUGCAACGCGGCCCGCUACUGCGGCGCCUUUUGCCAGCACAAGGAUUGGGAGAACCACCACCAGGUCUGCAGCGGUAGGGAGCUGAAACCAACUGCUCUACUCCGCACUUCCCCACCAACAACGCAGACGACAACCCUCACGAAAACCCUACCCCGCGCUACCACCCCCAUCACUGCAACUGCAACCGGGCAGAGCAACCCGGUCACGACCGGAUCGGACCAGAGCAGACUCUCCCUCACCAGCCUGAACUCGGCGGAGAGGUUGCUCAGCACCCAGGACAGAACUCUCCCGGUGAACUCCGACAGAAUGACCUUGGCAAGCCUCUCCACAGCUCAGGGACUCAUAGGGGGAAUAGGAGGGAAGAAAUGA